CACUUUGACAGCUGUGGACGAGAUCUAGUGGGUGUCCCCAGUUCCGCCCCGAGAGGGCAAUCUGUUCCAAACAUUACCCUCUAAGCAGUGCCAGUCUGUCAUUCCUGUUGCUUACAGUUCACAAGGCAGGACCGACGGAGAAUUUUGCCUUGUUUCUCCUCAGGUCUUCACUUGAAGGACAUGACUGGCGGCGACAAUAAAUAUGGAGAGGGGUCCUCUUCCUCAAAUCCUGCCGAGCAGUCCACCUCAACCUCUUCCUCCUUCCUUUUUCCAGCUCCUCCCCGAACACCCAGAAAGCGAAGACGUUCAGAAGUCGACGAGGAUUUUACAAAGCGCGGUCGCUUCGACCGAUUUGUCGCAUCGAGUAUAAGUCCUCACGCAACUCCAGAACUAAGGAGUGCCUUUAGACACAAUACUAGGCCCGACUCUCCCACUCGCUGGUCGGGAGCAUCUGUGGCAUUUCCAACGCCGAGCACGAGCAGCAGUAGUAAUAAGGGCUCACCUUAUGCGGAGGCUCUCGGGCUCGGUGGAGAAGGUAGAUUCUUCCGUCAUGGACCGUCCCCCACACCGCAACAGAAAACGGACGCUGAACUAACUUGGGAGCGACUCCGAAUAACGCCAACGAAGCAAAGUGAUAGCUCUAUCCCACAUACACCUCGUAGUAUCAGAAAAGAGCAGCGAGUCAUUCCGCGACUUCCAGAGAGGGUUUUGGAUGCUCCUGGCCUGAAGAAUGAUUACUAUAUCAAUGUCCUGGAUUGGUCCGCUAACAACAUUCUAGCUGUUGGAUUGAACAACAAGGUUUAUCUGUGGGAUGCGGCAACGACUGCUAUUCAUUGUAUAUGGACAGUCGAAGAGCCAGACUACGUAACCGCGUGCGUCUUUUCCCCAUGUGGACUUCGAAUUGCGGUUGGAUCAGAGGAGGGUCGCUGCGAGAUUUUUUCUGUUCCUCGUCACAACUUUAAAGCUGGCAAAUGUAAAGCUCGAAUUCGUCAUAGGAAUGGUCUGGCAGCUGCUACCUGGUGUCAGAAGGACCAUAGUCUGCUUUUGACUACAGGAGACAAACUUGGAGUGAUCAGAGUAUACAGUACAUCUGUACGACGUCCAAACGACCCACAUCCCUCGCGAACACAUUGUGAGCUGUUACGAGAAUGGGCACAUACACAUUCUGAUCGCAUUGUCGGGCUGCAAUGGUCAUCGGACAAUCGUACGCUCGCUAGCGGAGGUAAUGACAAUUUGGUUUGUUUAUGGCAAUUAGAGCGAACCGAAAAUCCCAAAAAAAUCAUCCGGGACCACACAUCCGCUGUACGAGCCUUAGCGUGGUGCCCAUGGAAUCCUGAGUUGCUUGCUACAGGUGGAGGCCUAGAGGAUCGAAGAAUACGUGUUUACAAUGCUAGUGGGGAGAAAAAAACAGAAGUAGAAACGGGAUCUCAAGUGUGCACCGUCCAUUGGUCCAAGGGCUAUAGGGAGCUGAUUUCAUCCCAUCACACUACAGGAGAUCAGCUCAUCAUCUGGAGUUGGCCGAGCAUGAGGGAAAUCGCACGAUUACCUGGACACUCAUCUCGCCCUUUGUUCUUCGCCAUGAGUCCAAAUGGCGAAACGAUAGUGACAGGAGCCGGCGACGAAAACCUCAAAUUUUGGAAGUGCUUCCAAUUGCAGGACGGGCAGAGACUACUGAAGGGCCCUGAACAGGACAUAGAAGAGUAUAGGCGACGGGCGUCAGAUGUUCGUUGAGGCCUCCACCGGCCUGAGACACGCCGCAGCAGUGAUGGAUUGUAUAGUGUAUAGUUUAUGCAGAAGGCAGUUUUUAAUCUUAAUGGUAAAUAGAUCUGUUGCUAAAUAAGUGGGAACCGCAAGAUAUUUCAU